ACUGAUCAUAGGCAAACUCCGCUGAUGUUUUCCUGCUUUUCAGUUUCACUGGGAGCACCAACCAUUUUCUCUUUAGUUUUAGUUUAUCUUCAGUCUGUGUUAAUCCCAUCAUGCACAGCAGGACAGCUGAUUGUGGUGAUCUGUGUGUGGUCCUGCCAGACUUUUCUUGAAGUCCAAGAAGAGAAACCAAACAGUUUGGUUCAUUUUUUGGGUUUACUUACCCAAAACAAGAGCUCUCACACGCAGCACCACUGCUCUAACCUGGCAAGGUCUGAAAGUACAGGAAUUUUUUCUCAAACCAGGCCCAAACUCUCUGAGGCUGAAAUGCUGCGUAGCCACGCACAGCAGUGCAGGCACACGCAGGUGGAGCCGUGCAGCAGGGACACAGGUGGAGCCGUGCAGCAGGGACGUGCACAGCAGUGCAGGCACACGCAGGUGGAGCCGUGCAGCAGGGACACAGGUGGAGCCGUGCAGCAGGGACGUGCACAGCAGUGCAGGCACACGCAGGUGGGGCUGUGCAGCAGGGACACGGGUGAAACUGUGCAGCAGGGACGUGCACAGCAGUGCAGGCACUCACAGGUGGGGCUGUGCAGCAGGGACACAGGUGGAGCCGUGCAGCAGGGACGUGCACAGCAGUGCAGGCACACGCAGGUGGAGCCGUGCAGCAGGGACACGGGUGGAGCCGUGCAGCAGUGCAGCAGGGCCGUGCAGCAGCGCUGCUGCAGGGGCAGGGCUCCCCGCGGUCCUGCCCCGCCGCAGGGUGAGGCUCUGCUCCAGCCGCCCACUGCUCCCCCCAGGAGCGGCUCCUCUCCAGCCUCAGCCCUGCAUUCUCCAUCCCUCCCUCGCUCUGCUCCCGCUGCCAUCAAAGGGGAUUCUCUCUGCUGUGGUGGGUGUGUUCCCAAACUAUUAGGAGAGAAAUAUGUUGGUGCUUGUCUUGUGUUCUCUGCCCUUUCUGCUCCAAAUGCUUCUGAUGCUCUGAUCAAACAUUUCCCUCGCUGGAAGAGAGGCCUUUGCAGCAAAGCCAGAUCUGCCUCUGCCUUGCAGUGCAAUGCCCUGGACUAGCUGGGGAAUCACAGUGGAAGUCUGCAGACAUCAG